CUCGCUCGCUCUCUCUCUCUCUCUCUCUCUCUCUCUCUCUUCAAAUACUCAGAUUUCACUGAGACAAUUGCUUCGAUUUCUCCAAGUUCCAUUCUUUCUCCGGAACUUCUCUUUCCGGAACCAAAGAAAUCUCACUUACACCAUCUCCUUCUCAGAAGAUUUCUGGAUUUGGGAGAGUUUCGUUUCAUUCAACCAACACUAGUUGUUUACUGUCACAGAUUCUUCCUCCAGAACUUCUCUUUCCGGAAUCAAAGAUAUCUCACUUUCAAUAUCUCCCUGUCACAAGAUUUCUGGAUUUGGUGGAGUUCCGUUUCAUUCAUCGCUAGUUGUUUUAGCUUUACUGUUACAAACCCUAGAUUUGGACCAAAUCGGGAUAAGUGAUGGCGGAUUUGAUGGUGAUUGAUGGGGUACCGAUUGAGGAAGGGACAGCGGUCAAGAAAGUAAAGAAGACAUUGAAAAGAAAGAGGAUUGCUGUAGAAAAUGUGAGUGUAGAAGAGAGGGAAGGCAAGAUUAAGGAGUUGAAGGAAGAAAUUGAGAGUUUGCUUAGGUUUUUUAGAGAGGGGUUAGUAGAAGAAAAGUUGAAUUUUGAGGAGAAAGAUGGUAGUUUGUCUGGGAAUUCGUUGUAUGCUAGUUUGAUUGAAGAGAGUGGAUUACCUUAUUCGAAACUAGUUGAUGAGAUUUAUGAGAAAUUGAAGAGUAAAGAUGGGAUUACGUUAGCAUCUGUGAGGAGUUCGGUUUUAUUGGUUGGGCAGAGAGUUAUGUAUGGGAUUGGUAAUGCUGAUGCUGAUGUGUUGGAGGAUGAUAGUGAUAAGUGCUUGUGGUGUUGGGAGACAAGAGAGUUGAAGCUGAUUCCGAAAGGUCUAAAAGGGGUUGUGAAUGCUCGAAGGGUAUGCAGGAAGAGAAUUCAGGAGAGAAUUGUUGCUGUUUCGGCAAUGAUAUCCGCUUUAGAGACACCGCACAGUCAUCCGAGUUACAAAGAUGAUCUGGCGAAAGCUUCAGGUAAGCUUGUGAAAGUGCUAAAUGAGGCAGCUAUUCGUCAGUUGGUGCAAAACAUGGCGCAGACAAACAGGGCGGAUAUGGCUGAAAAGGAAGCCAAGUUAAAAGAGAAAGAGCUAGCAAAAGAACUGGAAAGAAAAGAGAAAGAGCUAACAAAAGAACUAGAAAGAAAUAAGCGAGAGGUUGAGAAGGAAAAGAAGAGAAUGGAAUUGCAUAAUGAGAAGGAAUCAAAGCGGCUGCAAGAAGAGGCAGAAAAGGAGGCAAAACGCCGUGAGAAAGAAGAAGCUGAAAUGAAGAAGCAAAUCAAGAGGCAACAAGAGGAAGCUGAGAAAGAACAGCGAAGGCAAGAAAAGGAAGCAGCUGAGUUGAAAAAACAACUUGCUGUAAAAAAGCAAGCAACAAUGAUGGAACGUUUUUUUAAAAGUAAAAAAGAUAGUUUGAGUCCCCAGGAUGGCUCACCUUUUAUGAACUCACCUGCUGUAGAUACUUCCGUAAUAAGGGAAAAACAUAAUCUCAAUGCGGCAACAUCUUUAAUGGACUCAGCCCUUUCAUCAAGCAGUGGUAUUGAUGCAGUGGACCUGUGGAAGUCUCAUGUUCGUUCUUGGAAUAGAUUGGGUCGUUCUCGGUUAGACAGGUCGACACGUUGGGGUUUACGUUGCAAGCCCAAGUCUGCAUUAGUCAAGGAACUUAAGUUACACGCCUCGACCUCCGAAACUGCUAGAGAUUCAGCAAAACUCGUAGGUUCUACUAGUAAAGGGGUCAUGCACCGUGGUGAGAUGAGCAUUGACAAACUAGUUGAUGAGUGGGAAGAAACUAAUUCUGAUGAUAAAUUGGGAAGAGAUAAUGCAGAUACCAUUCGGAUAUGCAAUGGCAUAAAGAAAUUAUUGCAAUUCGAUAAGAGCAAUAGACCAGCUUAUUACGGCACUUUGUCCAAGAAAAGUAAUGUUAUUGGACCCCGCCAUCCUUUUAGGAAGGAUCCUGACUUGGAUUAUGAUAUUGAAAGUGACGAGGAAUGGGAAGAGGAGGAACCUGGUGAAAGCCUUUCUGACUGUGAGAAGGACGAAGAGGAAGACAUCUCUGAUGAGGCAAAUGUAAUAGUGGAGGAUGAAGAUGGAAGUGAAGAUGGUUUCUUUGUACCCGAUGGAUAUCUAUCGGAAAAUGAGGGAGUACAUGUUGAUAGCAUGGAGGUUGAUAGUGAUGAUGAUGGUGAAGCCCAAAGUUCGGCUACUUGUAAGGAAAAUGUCGAGAGUGAUGAACUCCAUAUAUUGCUUCGGCAGCAGAAUUAUAUCAACAAAUUGACUCAUAAUGCUCUUCUAAAGAAUAAGCCCUUGAUCAUAUCAAAUCUUAUGCAUGAGAAAGCUGCUCUGCUGAUGGCUGAAGAUCUCCAUGGCACUUCAAAGAUAGAACAAAUGUUUUUGCAAUCCCUGAGCAUUCGUCCUUUUCCUGGGAGUGCAAAUAUACAGAUAUCAGCUGAUAAUAAUAGUACACAUGAAGAGGAUGAAGAGGUAUUUAAAUCUCAUAACAAGAGCAAAUCAUCUACAACUUCAACACCUUCAGCACCUGUAUCAGUAAUAGAAGACAUGGACUUGCCUACAAUUGUAUCAGUUAUUCAAUCCUGCCCACAAGCAAUCAGCAAGGUGAUAGAGUCUCUCCAGCAAAUUUUCCCUAAGGUAUCAAAGAAGCAAUUAGGAACCAAAGUACGUGAGAUAUCUCAAUUUGCGGAGAACAAAUGGCAGGUUAAGAAAGAAAUUUUGGACAAGCUUGGAUCUUUUCCUGGGUGUGCACAGUCACAGAUACAGACACCGGCAAAAAAUUGUAGUACCCAACAAAAGGAUGAAGAGGUUGCUCAGUUGCAUGAUAAGGGCAGCACGGCUACACCUUCAACUCCUCCAGCACCUGUAUCAGUAAUACAAGACAAGGACUUACCUAAAAUUGUGGCAGCUAUUCAAUCUAGCCCACAAGCGAUUGCGAAGGUGAUAGAGUCUCUGCAGCAAAGCUUCCCCAUGGUAUCAAAGAUACAAUUAGGAAGCAAAGUGCGUGAAAUAUCUCAAUUUGUGGACAACCGAUGGCAGGUUAAGAAAGAAAUUUUGGACAAGCUUGGUAUUUCCCCAGUCCCCAAGAAGAUCAUCCGGACUAAGAGCAUUACUACCUUUUUUUCAAAAAGAUGUUUGCCUCCUGAUGCUGAAAUGAUGAAGGCAGAACACACAUCACCUCAACCUUGUCGCAAGAGGGAGACUCCAGAAGAACAAGAAUGCUCACCCAGCCUUUUGUAGCCUACAGUUCUUUUCUUUUUUUGAUGUAAUGGGGUAAAUUUCGGACGGGCACCAUUUUUGUGCAUCAACAGGAGUAACAUCGUCAGCAACAAAAAGUAUAGCCAAGGUUCUGCUGCUUCUUCAUCUGUCCUGUGUUCUUCAGGUAUAAGACUAUCAUAGGCGAACACCAUCUUCAUUAUCACGAGUUUCGUCUACAAGCUAUAAAAACCGGCUUUUGAAGUAUGCAAUGUUUUACCAGUUUGGCUUCGAACUGACUGUCCAUGUAAUUUUACUGCUUUUGUGCAAUAUAAAUGUAUAGUUUUCCUACUGACAAUUCCUAAUGUUCGGAAUCUUUUCCCCCUUCAGUAUCAAUAUGUUUUUCUGAA